GCACCGCGCCCGCGGCCGCCUCUGCGCGGAGGCGCUGGGCUGCGGCAGGCCGCGGACUCUGUCCGCUGGUGCGCGGCCGGGCCGGGGGCGGGACACCCUUCCAGCCCACACAGGCGCUUCCUCUCGGUUGCCCCUCCCGCCUUCAAGAUAGGGGCGCCUGUCCUUGAGCAAAGGGUAAAAGCAGUCCUCCGUCCUGUUUCUUAUCUAUUGCCGGCGCUCUCCGUCCGCGCCCGCGCUUGCCGCACCUCCUCGGACCUGCGUGGCUGUGCGAGACGGAGAAGGGAGGGCAGCAGCGGGGACCAGUUUCAGAUUUGUGACCUGACCUGGCACAAACGAGGGAGAUUGGCCACUACGAUGUCAGAGCCCUGCUGAGACACAAGAGUUAAUCUAAAUGGAUCUAUAAUCUGAAUGCUGCUUCAGUUGUUGCUGUGAAAUACCAAAUGGGUACUGUAAAGAAAUACUUUGAGAAUGAUCUUAAGGCACUGAUAUAUAUGAAUAGAAAAUUUGGUUGAUGACCGAGCAUUGGUGUUAAGAGAAAAAGGAAGAGAUUUGUUUUGGUGAAGUUACAGCUCAGCAUAAAGCAUAUUUCCCUUUUAGAUUGCACCAAGUUUGCAGAAAGGCUUUUUGGGAAUUCUGCAGUGCUAACCAAAUGUAUGUCAUUGUUGCUAUACCAGGAGAAAACUGUAUUUUUAAUUAACUUUCAUUUACAUUGUGCUACUACUUCAGUAGUAAGGAAAAAUGCAGAGCUCAAUUUAGUCUAUGAAAGAAAAAACAAAACAAAAAAAACCCCAAAAAUUGCAUACUGUUCUGAAAUUUUGUAGGGAUUUCUUUAAAUAGCAAGUUAAAGAUAUAACUUAAAUCACAUAAGUUCUUUCAAGAAGCACAUUUAACAUAGUUUUCAUAAAAAUGUGUUUAUAGGUCAUUGUUUAUCAUGUAGCAGCAUCUGAAGAAAUAUGAAGUGGCUUUGUGCUAUGCUGACUAACAACACAGGGCAUCACUUAGUGGUACGUCAAGCAAUGAUUCCAAGAAUCCUGAAGCUGUUUCCCUACAUUUACGGCAACAGAAUGUUGUCAAGUUACAAAUCUAAAAGCAGCAUCAAGGACUCUUACAAAAUUCUUGAGCUUGAGGAAGGAUGUUCCCUUGAUGAUAUCAGAACCUCAUACCGAAGUCUUGCCAAAAAGUACCAUCCAGACAGCAGUGCUGCCACAGCUGAUGCCGCAGCGUUUAUUAAAGUGGAAGAAGCAUACAGAGUUGUACUCGAUGAUGUGGCAACCAAAGAGAAAUCAGGCGACAAUGAUGAAGAGGAGGAAGAUCUGUUCAAAACAAAAUCUCCACAGCAUAGACACUACUUGAGUUUUGAAGGCGUUGGUAUUGGAACACCAAGCCAAAGAGAAAAGCAAUACAUGCAGUUUCGAGUAGAUCGUGCUACUGAGCAAGUGUUGGAGUACCGAAAGCAGAGACUUGAAAGCCAGUAUGCUGGGAGUGACCUGAUGAAGGCCAAAGAUGUGAGGGAGAGCAAAAAGAUGAAAAUAACUCAGGCAGUUGAACGGUUGGUUGAGGACCUCAUCCAAGAGUCAAUGGCAAAAGGAGACUUUGACAACCUCAGGGGCAAAGGAAAACCUUUACAGAAGUUUUCAGACUCUCCCUAUAUCGACCCUAUGACUCACAACUUGAAUAGGAUCCUGAUAGACAAUGGAUACCAGCCAGAGUGGAUCCUGAUGCAGAAAGAAAUACGGGAAACUAUUGAGCAGUUAAGAAAGAGUAUAGUGGCAUCUCGAAGUAAAGUUGGAGGGCCAAUGACACCACAUAGGCAAAAGCAAUGGAAUCGUAUUUGUGAGCAAUUUAUAGAGGACAUCAGGAAAUUAAAUAAAAGAGUUGACAGCUUCAAUUUAGUUGUUCCUCUUCUGAGCAGACAAAUGAUGCACUUCAGUGCAGAAAAAGAAAUUGUUCGAGCACAAAAGACGUACGAAGCUUUGAUGGAAAACAGAGAGCCUUCUCAUUCAGCCACAAAGGAGAAUGAAGAGGAAAAUGUUAAAAAGUUUGGGUGGAAAUCUUCUCUCUUUAAGUGGUUAAACCUCACAGUGAAGUAAGAUAAUACUAAUUCACCUAUCUUGUCAAGAUUUUGAAUGCACUUUAUUCAUAGAAACUUGUAGCACUACAGAAAUUUCAGUUCCACUAAAAGUGUCGAAUCCAGCUGUCCGCUAUUGCACCAGUUAAAACUAAUUGGGUUGCCUGAUGUGCAUUUGCAGGUGCUUGAUUUAUUUGUGGAUGUUGUUAAAAAACAAAUAAAUUCAGUUAUCCUCUUGCA